AUGGGGUCAAUUAGAACCAUUGCCUUGGUUAUCCUGGGAAUUUCUGGGUUCACUUUUGUUGCCCUGUUUGGCAAGCUUCCAGCUCUGCGGCGAACACCUAUUGGUCUGCUUCACAGAAUCAUAUGCAUACAUAUUCCAAAUGGGAUCGCUCGUCUUGACUCCCAUCUGCUAGAAGGUCGAGUUGUUCGCGGUUGGAGCAAGUCCGGCAAUUAUAUACUCCAUGAAAAUCACCCCCUGGUUCUAAUAUUUUUCACGGCUCUUCUAAUCAUAGGGCAGUGGAUCUUCAUUCCAAGUGCAUGGUCUAGAGUUUCAGCCGUCCACAAAAUUUGUGUUCCGAUUGCGGCGAGUUUACCCUACGUAUUCUUGUAUGCUAGCGUCGUCACCAAAUCCUUCAUCACACCAGGAAACCAUGCCGAGGAGAUGGAACGGUAUCCCUAUGAUAAAGUCAUCUUUCAUCCUGGACAUCAUUGUGGCUCAUGCCAUCUGCUUAAACCAGCAAGAAGCAAGCAUUGCAAGUUCUGCAAGGCCUGUGUGGCGCGAUACGACCAUCAUUGUGUAUGGCUCACCAAUUGUGUCGGGCUAAACAACUACCACUAUUUUUUGUCGCUGAUCAUGUCGCUUUCGGUGAUGCUGAUCUACGGCUCAUUGCUUGGUUACGCCCUUCUAUGUCAGACCUAUGACAAGCUCUUGCCACCCGGCUCACCCUGGCGGUCCCCUGGGCAAAGCUGGACAGCCUUCAUUAAUGUAUGGACCGUGAUAAUUACCGUGGACCUUCGAAUCGGAGCCAUCACCCUCCUAAUGGCCAUGACAGCUCCGCUGGCGGUCGCCUUCCUGGUCUACCACACGUAUCUGAUCUGGGCAGGCAUGACGACCAAUGAGAGCGCUAAAUGGUCCGACUGGAAAGAGGAUGUGGCGGACGGCAUCGUUUUCCGGUCAAAUAAAGCCGAAAUUUAUGGCACCUCCCCCUUGCUCGGUGAGUAUCAGAGUGUGCAUACUUCCUGGCCUGUCAGCAGCGAGCAGGUCUUGGUCUUUACCGACGGCGAAGCUCCCAGAGAGGGGUGCAUCUUGUCACCCGACUCCAAUGACAUUCGACAGCCGCAGAAUUUCCAGAUUGUGGCAAUUGAUCGGCGAUGGGAGCCUGCGGUCCCGCCUUCCCUUCGGAGCCGGAAAAAAAUCCCUUCGUCUUUCGGUGUUUCCCCUCCGAGCAUCCGCAACACUUUUCGAAAGCACCCUGCGAGCAAACCUCAGGUCCUAUCGCAUCGCAACGAGUGUCGCACGACCCUCACCCGUGCUGUCAAGAUGGCAGACCGAACCGCAAUUGAUGCGAAGCCGAAAUGUACCCCGGCCGAGCUCAUGCUGAAGGUCAUCCUGACGGGGACUCUGAGCCACUACGAGACUCGCGGCAUGAUUGACGAAAAGCGUCUGGAACAUAUGCUGGCGGCGGGGAAGUCGAUAUUGUAUAAGACUCACCAGGAAAGCGACGUUAGGCACAAUCUGGGCCUGUCGCCGGCUAUCUGGCAGGGCUUUACGGACGUAUUGACCAAGGCGAUCCCGGUCCUCGAAUCGCAAUCCUUUGCUUGGAAAUGCCCUCCUACCGCAAACUACGAUCAUUCCUCCUCCAACCUCAUCGCCUUCAACUACUUUUCACUCGUCAAGGACAUCGAACGCCUCAAUGACUUAUGUACUAUCGCACGGAAUCUUCUUGCGACCACAAAAAAGGCGCAAAACAUGGCGGCAGAGAAGGGGUUUGAUCAGAGAAUUCUGGCGCUGGUAGACACUUGUGUCCGGGUGACGGCGCGGGGCUUUGAUGGCGAGACCAAUGCGAGGAAUGAGGAGCGCUGGCAGAAAGUGGUCAACCUUUACAAACGGCUGCUGAUUACCUGUCUCCAAUUCCUGCAUAACUUCAUCAUGCACAAUGAGCAGCGGAAGAUGGUCCUCUGGCUGGAUCUCUUCGGGUACCAUUCAACCGGAGAUUCAAACAUCAUCCAGCCCAGAGAACCGCUUGAUCAAGCCAUGAGUCAACCUGAGGGAGUCGCGCCGAUUGUGAAAACCGGAGAGAGAAUAGUCAACCCUCCGAUACGGGCUCUGUACGACCAAACGGCGGAGGACCUGCUUCUCGAGACCAUAUCCAACUUUCCCCGGGAACCUGCGACCAUCAAAGAGGAGGCGGCGAUGUUGCUUCUCGCCAACAUCAAGGACCACAUGGAAAAGCUUCUUGGACGCGACCUGACCGCCAUUCAGGAAAUGGGCAAGGACCCGGAACAGGUCAAGGAGAUUCGCGCCGCUCUAACUGCCAUACUGGGAGCGAAGGUUGAUGGAUGGACCGACCUUCAAGACCGAGCGAAAGACCUCCCCCCAGCCCUGCCCGAAGAUGAGCCACCGCGCAAGAAAGCCAUUCUCACGAUCGACCGCAGCAUGACUGCAGGGUUUCCUCGCAUCUGCUGGUCCGAUCUUCCGGAUCUUAGCGACUACGGUGCUUUGGCAUCGGGCGACGCGGCCAUCAUGGAUGAGGACACAAGCAUGCCGCGAUCUGCUCAGUCUGCUGCUGAGACACUCCAAGAAGCCAAGGAUGAGCUGAUGGCACGUCUGCAGGAGUCAUCACAGCUCGGCGAUGGCGCGGAUGGAGAUUACGAUACUGGCGAUGCCGGAACGGUCGGUGAUGAUGACUCUCGUAGCCUGGAAGCGGUGGCCGACGGGAGCAUGGAGGAAGAAGAGGAAGACGAUGAAGAUGACGAUGACGACUACCGAGGCCGUCCAGGCGACCAGCAACGUGGCUUGCUAACAGACAUUCCGUUGGUUCUUGGACCGGCAGAGAUAGAGGCUCUUCCAAUGAUCAUUCAAGCCGGUAUUGUGGACAGCUUUGGCCUCAAGGGUGGGGAGAGAUCGGGCACAAGGAACAUGCAGUCUCUUCGUUGCCACAUCUUACUCACCCAGGAAACUGGCCGAAACCUCCUCCGGGAGCUUCUAAUUUUCAUCGCCGCAUGGGACCUACCUGACGACGAACUCUACUUCAAGAUGAUGGUGCAGAUCAUGGAUGCCGUUCUACGGAACGGAUUAAUGUCCCAUGCUUAUUCCGAUUUUGGCCAGCCCAAGGACAUCAUCUCCCCAGCGCAGGCAGUUGUCGUGAAGAUUCUCACUCACAUCUUCCGAGCCAAAUACUCACCUGCCUCGGUCACCGGAUCCACGCCGGCCAACCCUACCAAAAGUCCGGCUCCGCUAUCAAGGGUCGACAUUCUGACCGUGCGCUACAUUUUCACCAUCUUCCGCGGCAAUAUCAUUCCCGAGACCUGCGCGUUGAUCUACCUCCAGGGCCAGAUCCGGGCCGGACGGGCGCUUCCCGAGGACUUCCCUCUGAACCUGUGGGACAUGGAACGCGUCUACGAAGGUGUCUAUCAAUUCCUCGAGUUCUUCGCCGUGCUCACCGAAAACAACGACUGGAAAAACCUAUUGGUCAAAUGGGAAAUUGUCUACGAUCUAGUCACGUUGAUCAAGGAACUCGAAGCCAGCAUUCCCAAGGGACAGUUAAGCGCACUGCCAUUCGGACGCAGCAGCAGCCCGUCCAAGGACUCCCAACAUGGCGGUGCAGUCCCCGGACCAGUUGCGGUAGAACGGCCCUACGAUCCCAGCGACCCGGAUCCGGUGGACGCAGGUCCCGGAUCUCGAGCCGAGUCCCCCCCUAUCACCGAAGAUCCGUCGGAAUUCGAGUGGCGCAAUCUCAAGAAGCUGGUUGUGCUCGUUCUCUCGUCGUUAGUCUGGAAGUGCCCCGAGGUACAGGACCAGAUUCGCCGACAUGGCGGUGUCGAAGCCGUGCUAUCUUGCACCAACUUCGAUGCGCAUAAUCCGUACAUCAAGGAGCACGCGGUCAUGUGUCUGAAGUUCUUGCUGGAGGGCAACCGCGAGAACCAGAGGCUCGUGGAGGAGCUGGAAGCUCGCGAGGUUGUAAAGGAUGACGGGGGGCUGUUGGAGAAGAGCGGAUUCGAGGCCGUGAUUGACAAGACGGGCAAGCUGGCAAUCAGACCGAAGGAGGGUCCGGCCGAGAAGAAGUGA